AUGCCAAAGCACAGAAAGUCCCGCCUUGGAUGCAAAGAAUGCAAAGAACGAAAGGUCAAAUGCGAUGAGUCUCGGCCGAUUUGUAUUAGAUGCAAGACCGCGGGAAGAAAUUGCUCUUACCGAGAGCUGGUCAGCAGUCUACCAACGCCACCAGCCCAAACACCGGCACAUUUGUCCACUCCUCAAGCUCUGAGCCCGCAAUCCUCGGUUUCCUCUAGUCGUCACUUACAACUGCCCUCAGCAGUACCAGAUCCUCAUGGCGCGACUACGUCAUUGAAUAUAUCAGAGUUGUCAGAUGACUUCUUCUCGGAACGCUUCAGCUUGUUCCACUUCGAUCUACUCCUCUUCUUUAGAGGGGCUCUCACAGAUGUCCUCGUCUCCCUGCAGUCCGAAAUGGGCCCAAUGAUGCGUCUGAUCUAUUCUGAAGCGUUGAAGGCGCCAUAUUUGAUGGACCAGGUCCUGGCCUUCACCGCCGCCUACAGGAGCACAGUCGCCAAUGACGAAGAAACAACGACGUUGUACCUCACCCAAGCGACCGGCCUCCAAACGAGAGCCAUAGGGCAUCUGGAUAUCGGCGGGUUGCAAGUUAACGAAGAUAACGUCAUGGCGCUCUUCUGUUUCAGCCUCCUACUUGGUCAACAGACCUUGUUCGAAGCCUUCGCCGCAGCAACCUCGAUACCUACCGUGCUCGACAAGCUCGUUCAAUGUCUGACACUUCAUCACGGAAUCCGUGGCAUUGUCGCGGAAUCCAUGGGAAAGUUCCAUGGCCAUAUGCAGAACAUCCUUCCCCACAAUCCGGCAUAUUCUAUGGAGAAUGGCACACAAGUCCUUCACGGCAACGAGUGUGAUAGCUUGCUCCGGCGGCUGAAUGAAAAUGAGAUGAACGAACAAACGAGGGGUGUUUACAUAGAUGUUGUUAAGAUUCUGCAGUAUCUCUUCGAUUCUUGGUUCAACAUUGUAGACUAG